AUGACUCGAAAAAACUCAAAUAUUAAACAUUUAAUUAAUACUCUUAAUUCAUCUAAAUCAACUCCAGAUCAGAUUAAAAAUGCAUUCUUUAAGUAUUUCGAAAGUACCAGAAAUUAUUAUAAAUGUCGGCUUUACAAUAAAGAAAUGACAGACGAAGAAUACAAAAAUCAUGACCAAUUUCUUGACGCUUUAAAAUUUCAAAUACAAUUAAUGAUUACUAAAAUUAUAAGAUUAGAAGGAAGAAUCAAGAGAUUAGAUGAUAAGGAUACCAAUUUUCUAACCGAAAUAACUUUAUUAAAAAAAGAAAAUCACGAUUUAAUAAAAGAAAAUGAAACCUUAAAGAGGGAAAAUAAAGCCUUCAAAAUAGUCAUUUCACAUUCAGCUGGGGUAUAUAGCAAUAAUGAAGAACAAUAUGAAAGUAUGAUUCAACAACAAAUAAAUGAGAUACAUAAAUAUCAUCAAAUUAUUCAAAGUAUCUCCUCUUACUGUCAAGAAAAUAGUAUUGAAUUGAUGCUUGAAUACGUUAUUCGAGAUGAAACAGAAAUCGAAGAAACUCCUCAAAUAUAUCGCAUAUUUUCUUUUAUCAAAGACAGAGAAAAUGAAACAAUCCAGGACGAAGAAGGAGAAUGCUCCAAAUUUGUUAAUGGAAAUAAUAAUUUUGAAGUUAAAAACAGAGAUGAAAAGGAUAUCUAUGAUACAGAAAUGUUUGAAUUUUGA